AUGGCGGGGCCGCGGCUCGGGCGGGCGGUGUCGGCGCGGCUGCUCCGCCUGGAGGGCCGCCUGGCGCGGGCGGAGCGGCAGCUGAGGGCCGCGCUGGCGCUGCGGGGCCGCGUGCGGGCGCUGGAGCGGCGCUUGGAGCCGCGGUGCGGGGACGGCCCGGAGGGUGCGCGGCGGCACCGGGGCCGCGGCCGAAAGGAAGGGGAGCGGAGCGGGGCGGCUGCGGAGAGCGAAGACAGCGGUGUCCGUGUUAAGCAGGAGGAAGAGCUGUGUGCAGCAGCACAGGAGGAGCUGGAGGCGGCGGGAGCUGUGCAGGAGCCGUGCCCAGAGCCAGCAUUCUCUGAGCCUGAAGCUUCAGGUCAGACCAGGAGAGGCACGGAGCCGUAUGCCAGGGAGCUGCCGGGCACAGAGCAUGGAGACCUCCCAGGAGACACCGAGUCUCAGACUUGUGCAACGGCAGUUUUGUCAUGGAUUAAACAAGAGGAGGAGCCGCACUGCCCCGAGCAACAGGGCUCAGAGAAAGAAGAAAUCCCUGCAGAGCCAAGUGCAGUGCAUGAUGAGAACAGAAGGAGGGACCCCCUGGCUGACAGCUUUGUAAGCAUGAUGCGUGACUCCGACAUGCUGGAGAGACCCGAGGAGAAGUUUCACGUGGAUCCCAGCCCCGCAGUGGCGUGGGACAGUCAGUGGAAUUCAGAAAUGAUGGAAACAACCGCCAGCAGAAACGGCUUUGGGGGUGAUGCUCAGUACGACCGAGCCUUUGGUGAACACCUGGAUCUCUUUAGUGCUCAGCAAAACAAUGUCAGAAAGAGACUGUGCGUGUCCAGCAGGUGCGAGAGGAACUCCAUCCAGGAGGAACAUUUUCCAGCUCUGCAGGGAGCCCAGGAAGAGCUGCUGCCAGUUCCCAAGUGUGAGAAUACUCCCAUCGAGGUGGACUUCCAGCACCCAGUGGAUGCUGCAGGGGAGAAGUUUGAAGGGCUGCCGGCUGAGCACGGAGCGAGUGCUGUGGAUAGAACCAGGCUUCGCGAGCACAACGGCCUCUGCAGAGAGGACCAGCCAUCAGUGGGGAGUGGAGGGAAGCUCCCUGCAGAGAACUUACUGUCUGGUCCCUGCGAGGCCGACCCAGGGGGUGUGUCAGAGGCACCCAGGGGUGGCUUACCGAGCCAGCAGCAAAGCCAGGGCAGGGGGAAGUCCUACAUAUGCAAUGACUGUGGGAAGAGCUUUGUUUGCCAUUCCUGGCUUGUCCGACACCAGACCUCUCACACGGGCGAGAGGCCCUACAAGUGCUCCGAGUGUGACAAAAGCUACCGGAGGAAGGAUUAUCUCUUAAAACACCUGCGCCGUCACUCGGGAGAGGGGCUCUUCCCAUGCCACAUGUGCAGCAAAAGGUUUGUGCUCAGGAGGAGUUUAAUUAAGCAUCAGGAAAGCCACAUGCAGAGAACACAUCAGACUCUGGCCAGCUGGCCCUGCACAGAGAUCAGGGAAUCUGUGCUGCACUCCAGAUAGAAAAUCCUGCCCUGCCAUGGGCAGCCAAGCAGGUGCACAGCAGAGUCUCCCAGCUCAGCACUGCACCGUGGGCAGGAGGUGGCUUUUGGAUGGCAGCCCCCUGCCUGGGGAGGGGAGAAUGUUGGUAUUUAUUUCUUUAGUUGUUGAACGUUCUCCUUUAGGCGUUGUAUUCUUGUGUUUUUAGAGGGGGGGGAGAGGAGCGCUUGCUGGGAGUCGGAUGCACUGCGACAUCGCGAGGAUGCGAUGUGUUCCUUUUGAUAAUAAAGAAGCUGUGAUAAAACAGCCUUCGCGUGGCUGUUGGUGGCACUGAGCCUUGCAGGGUGGAAAUGGAGAAGCUGAGGCCGAGUCAGAACCAGGUUCCCUACCGGGGAGCCCGUUCCUAGGCCCCGGGUCCAGGCCCGGGCCGAGUACGGGCAGCAGCCCGGCCCCGCGCCACUGUUGUUAUGGCAACGCGACGGCGCGAGCCGGCUGUGCGCGCUUCCUUCCUGUGACGUCACGCUCGCUCCUCCUCCAAUCAGAGCCCUCUGCUUUCUCCGUUGGCCAACCUGGGGGCGCCGCGCCCCCCGUGCCCGCGUCGAUUGGCUCUAGUCGCGCAGCGCGCGCAGCGAGGGAGGGCGGGGCAAAGCAGCGGCAGGCCAAUGGCGAGGGGAGGUGGGUGGUGCUUCGCGCACCGAGCGUUCUGACUGGCUCGCACCGGGGCGAGGGGGCGGAGCGGAGUGCGGCGGCGCGCAGGAAGAUGGUGGCCCCGUGGCGGCGGUGCGUUUCUGUUGCUCUGAAGUGGCGAAGUUGGGUGCUGCUGGGGCCGUGGCCCGUGAACUCGCUUCUUCCUGGCUCUCAAAUCCUUGAUUUUCUUAGGGAAUUGAGGCCUGCUUAAAAUUAAACUAACGUCGCGUUGCAUGCUUUUGCAGCCCUCCUUCUGACGUGUCAUUUUCGAGCUGUCCCCAUCUCUGCCUUUACGAUGGUUUAUUGCUCAGCUCUGAUCUGCCAGAAUGCCACCGGCGGGAUCUGCAAGAACAGCACCGGCACUUGCGAUGGUUUCCGUCUCCGAAACAAAGCCCUCCUGAAGCGGGGGAUCCACGACGUGGGCCGGGACGUGGGGACGCCUUCCCAGCACCAGCACUUUGUGUUCGAAGCACUUGGAGGACGGUUCUUUCGAAAUCGACCCCUUAAAAAUCAGGAAGAACAGGCAGCUGCUGAAAGAGGCCGUUCCCCAAAAGUUCGUUCUUGGGGGAGGAUGGAAACUGUGGUGUAAUAUGUAAUAAAACUCCAAAGUGAAUGCGGAAUCCGGAGCUCCUGAAGGUGCCUGGGACGUUUGGGAACGUGGCAGCACACGAGGGGAAGAGCCUGGGAAGAACUGACAGGAAGGACUGUACGAGGAGGAGGUGAUGAAGGAGGAUUACAAAUCUGUAAGCACUUCAUGUGGAGGUUAGUUUUCCCUUUAUUUCUGAAGGCCGAGGGAUCUGUGCUGUUUCCAGCCUGGCUCUGGGCUUCCACUCGCUCCUCAAACCCUUGGAUUUUGGUGUGGAUUAAUCUUACUCCUGAAUGUUUGUGAGAGGAGAUCUCUGCAGUCUGUAAAAGCUGUAGGACUGGCACUUUUCUAAUGCCUCCGUGUGCGCUGCCCACCCCGUGCUCUGCUGGUCUGAGAUGCUCAACCCAUGGAGUAAGAGGGGGAGUGACAGUGUCCGCCCUGGCAGAGGGCUUGGGGUCCCCAGUAGUGCCCCAGGUAACGUAUCUGCUGUCAUAUGAGGGGCAAAAGAGAAAAAGAUUUAAACCUUAAAGCAAGGGAAAGGUUUAAACACGGGAGCUGAGAAGCUGGGAUGACAGAUGGUGCUGUGCAUCUGCAGACUGGUUAAUCACAGUCAAGUUCUGAGUUCCUUCAUCGUCCCCAAAGCCCAAUGUGUAUUGUUUUUGUGAUUCACCAAAGAGCAUUGAACUGUAUUUGGUGCAGAAUGGUUGAAUAACACGAGUAAUGCCCUAGGAAAAGAAGAAAUCUCGCUGGUGAGCGUUAAGUGCCUCAUGAUAUUUGAGACCAUUGCUUUUUAAGUCUGAGGAUUGAGCCCCCUCUGCUUCCUCAGCCUUCAGGUGAUUCCUUGGAUUCACAGAAGAGCGAACCUGGUGGUAAUUACAGACUCAAGGUGCUCUUGUCUUGCAGCCCCAGUGCUUGCUUACUCUGCUUUCUGCUCGGUGACGCUUUGGUUCUGUUUGGGAAAUGCUGAUUUAGCCUAACCUCAUUCUGUUGCUAUUUCCAGACUCUCAAAUUUGAAAAUCUCAGCCUCCAUUCCUUGUAUGUGCCGUGCACUGCGUGCCGUGCACUUAGCUGGAGAAAAACAAGUGUGUGUCAGCAAGGCAGCAAGCAGCGACCAGGCUGCCCAGGGCCCCAUCCAACCUGGCCUUGAACACCUCCAGAGAUGGGGCAUCCACAGCCUCUCUGGGCAGCCUCACCACUCUCUUGGUAAAGAACUUCCUCCUGACAUCCAAGCUAAACCUUCCCUCCUUCAACUUAGAACCAAGAGGAAAAAAAGAGAAGUCUCUACGAGUCUCGGCCCAGAUGUGCCAUCAACCUGACUCUCAAACUGAAAAGAGGGCUUCUGAAACACCAGCGGAUCGACGCCAAGAAGAGCCAGGUGUCGUCAUACACAUGCAAGGACUGUGGGCGAAGCUUUGGUCCCCACGCAGACCUGGCUGGGCAGCAGAGGACUCACACGGGAGAGCGGCCCUGCGAGCGUGCAGGAUGUGAAAAAAGCUGCACAGGAAAACCCAGCCUCACCAACCAGCUGCUGUGUGCGUGCAAUGGGAGCGCCCGAGGCCUGGCUGGGAAGGGUUCUACGUUCUGUUACCAAAAAGUCCAGCAGGGGUGAUGUCUUAUAUCAACAACAGGGGAAGGUUUAAGAUGGGACGGUGUUACUGAACGGAAUAAAACUCAGAACGCCGUGG